UAUCCCUUAAUAGGGAGCCUUUUUUAUUUUCUGAUGAACCAUAGGGAGUCAAGCUGGUUCAAGCUAUUUUCAACCUUCUGAACCAAAAUAUAUUCUUUCCUCAAACAAGCUCCUAAUAGCUUCAAUUCAAAGGACUGAAUCAAGGGUGUUGUUUUACUUGAUUAUGGAGUUAGAUGCAGGAUAUGACAGUAGGAAAGCCAAAGUUCAAGCCUUUGAUGACUCAAAAGUGGGUGUGAAAGGCCUCUUAGAUUCUGGGGUGACAAAGAUCCCACCCAUGUUUUAUUCUCCUAAGUUGGACCCCAUUGAAACUGAGACCUCACUAAGUGAUUCCAACUUGAGCAUCCCAAUCAUUGAUCUUCAAGAUAGGCAUGUUGAAGUGGUUGACCAGAUCCAGAGUGCAUGCAAGAAGUGGGGAUUUUUCCAAGUGAUCAAUCAUGGUAUUCCAGCUGAUGUUUUGGAUGAGAUGAUCAGUGGAAUCCGCAGGUUUCAUGAACAAGAUGCUGAAGCAAGGAAGCUCUUUUACUCUCGUGAUAGCAAUAAGAAAGUUAGAUAUUUCUCUAAUGGAAAGCUGUUCAGAGACUUUGCUGCUAGCUGGAGGGAUACAAUUGCUUUUGUUGCAAAUCCUGAUCCUCCAAAUCCACAAGAUUUACCAGCAGUUUUCAGGGAUAUUGUGGCUGAAUAUUCCAAACAAGUUAAAGCACUCGGAAUGACAAUCUUUGGGCUCUUGUCAGAAGCUCUUGGCCUUAAUCCUUCUUACCUUAAUGAAAUGGACUGCGCUGAAGCACUUUAUAUUAUGGGUCAAUACUAUCCAGAAUGCCCUGAACCUGAAUUAACUAUGGGCAUUCCAAAGCACACUGAUUGCGAUUUCAUGACAAUACUUGUGCAAGAUCAGAAGGGUGGUCUUCAAGUUCUACAUGAGAAUCAAUGGGUUAAUGUCCCUCCCGUGCAUGGAGCACUUGUUGUAAACAUUGGAGAUAUUCUACAGCUUAUGACAAAUGACAUGUUCAUCAGUGUUUAUCACCGGGUGUUGUUGAGGAAUAUAGGGCCUAGAGUAUCUGUAGCAAGUUUCUUUAUGAAUUUUACUAUAUCUGAGUGCACGUCGAAGAUUUAUGGUCCAAUAAAGGAGUUGUUAUCAGAAGAAAACCCUCCAGUCUAUAGGGAUGUUACUAUGAAAGAAAUCUUGACAAAUUAUUAUGCAAAAGGCAUUGAUGGGAACUUACUUGCAACCUUUAAGGUUGUGAAAGAAAAUAUAAGGUAUUGGAUAGGUUCCCCCUGAUUCUCAAAUCUCAUGGAGUUGGCUUUAGCCUGGAUUUAUCAUGGUUAGGUUGUGCCUCUUGCUGCGUUUGGACACUGGCUUUUAUGGGAGCUUAUCUACUAGGGCUCCAUUUGGAAGAGUUUAUUUGAGUUUAUCUUAUAGCAUAAGCCCUACAAACUGUUAUGAGAGAGCUUUAUGGUCUACCUACAAACUGUUUUCAGCUUAUUUUCAUGAGCUGUUGAGAGCAGCUUACGAAAAAGAGCUAAUGAUGAUUUAUAACCUAUUUUCAACUUAUUUCAAUAAUAAGCGCUUACAUAAGUUGUUUUCCCAAA